GAAACCCGGCCGAACUGCGCGAGUGUGUGGCACGCGCGCGAAGCGUUCCCUGUUCCGUCGGCGUCACUCCAGCGACGUGUUCGCCGACAACCCGGCGGUGAUUGUUGUUGUUUCUUUCGUGAUUAUCGCGAGCCGUUGGUACGCGUGCAUCGGCGGCGGCUCUCGGGCUUCCUCCCUCCGACCGCCUUUCUCCCUCCCCUCUUUCCCCGCGUGUUGACUGGGACCGUUGUGGAGAAGAAAAAAUAAAAAUAUAUAUAUACAUUCGUGCGUGGAAUCUUCGGGAAGUGGUGCGUCAAGUGGAACAUCGUUCGCGUGUCGUGGCGUGUGUCCGUUACGCUUCGCGAACAAGCGCGUGAACUUGGCGGGAGUCGUCGGGAGGAGUUCAGGGACCUUCCAGCUGCGGUCGGUUCCCCCGCAGUACGAUUUUUUUUUUCGUUUACACCUGAGACACCUUAGUUUUCGCGAAACAGGUCGCCUGGUGUUUUGUUUGGCGUGAAUUGCAUUGUAAUAACCAGCUGUGUUUGUGUGUGCGUGAUGAAAGGGUCGCUGUUGUAGCUCAGGCACAGCUCGCACGUACCUACCUGUGACGUCACGGUCGGUUCGUCAACCGCGCUUCAACUUGCGUCAGAAAAAAAAAGGGAAGGGGGGGAAACGACGGUCAGCUGACGAGAAUGGUUUCGCGCACGUGUUUCGCGCGACGUACGCAAAAGUUGCGUCAGUUUUCGUAAACGUGUUGAAUAUUCACGCUGACCGCUUGCGUGGUAAGUGCGGUACUGAAUUUUUUUUUUUUUUUCCCUGCUGACUUUCUGACAUGUGAUGUCUUCGUUCGUGGACAUCUGCGGAUUGAGAAUAGUAUCAGUACCACAUCACCACCACCUGCACAGCUGCAUACAUCUUGAUUGCGCCUGCCCGAAGCGCCACGAGAGGAUGAAGUGCUCGUGUCUGGACGGCGCCGCGUCCAGCUACCAGCGGCUGCCCAGCGUGCCCUCGGUGUUCGAGCUCGCCGCCCUGUGCGAGCAGGAAGCCGCCUCCGCCGAACACGACCACCACGCCUGCGACAAGGAGGAGGAGCUGGCGUUCUACAACGACGACGGCAGCUACCAGACGGUGGUGGUGGAGGCUAACCUGUGCGCCAGCGACCUGUGCCAGCUGCUGGCGCUCAAGAACCGCGUGGCCAAGGACGUCAACUGGACCAUCGUGGAGCACUGGCUGGAGCUGGGCCUGGAACGAACGCUGGAGGAUCACGAAGAUGUCCUCCGAGUGCACCGCAACAUGGAAGUUUUCGGGAAGCACACGGAGAAGCGCUUCAUCUUCCGCAAAGAUUUCCGCAAGUACGAGUUCUUCCACAAUCCUCAGCAAUUCUUCCCCGUGGACAUGGUGGACCUGGCGGGCUACGACGAGCUGGCGGGCAACGGGUCCGCGCUGGCCCAGAACACAGCGCUGCAGACGAUGCUGACGACGGCCGGGGAGUGCCCGCCCAUCUUCAGCCACGUGUGGGUUCGAGAGGCGAACCGCCAGCUGUGGAACAAAGCCUUCCUGCUGCUGAAGGACAAGAAGCUCUACCUCACCUACAAGGUGCAAGUCGUCGCCAAGUUCCUCCGCGGCCAGAAGAACAAGAGCUUCAACAGGAGCAGGGUGGGGACGCAGGAUCCGGAGGGCCAGCUGCAGGUGUGGGCGCUGCUCGAGCACUACGAUGUGUACACGACUCUGAACGCGAGGAACCAGUUCAGAGCACCCACGGAGUUCGGGCUGUGCCUGCGACCCACGGAGGGCGCCGCCGGGGAGAGCUGCUCGCUUGGUCUCAAGUGCCUGGCGUGCGAGUCGGAGCGGGCCAGACUGUGCUGGGUCACUGCCAUGAGGUUGGCCAAGUACGGCAAGCAGCUGCGGGAGAACUACCGCGCCUUCAAGAACAAGCAGGUGGAGUCGAUGAGUCCCAAGGAGUACGGCAGCUACACCGUGCCGAACGAGAGCGUGCGGUCGCGCGUCGCCAUGGACUUCACGGGCAGCGUGGGCCGCAUCGUGGACGACCCCAAGGAGGCCAAGGCCAUCGCCGUGGCCGAGGGCUACUCGUGGAAGAGGCGCUGGCGGCCCGCGGCGCAGCGCCACCACUCGGCCGCCUCCCCGGGGGCGGCGCGCGGGCUGGAGGCGGGCGUGCACGUGGCCCAGCCGUGGUUCCACGGCGGCAUGUCGCGCGACCACGCCGCGCAGCUCGUCGGCAGGCACGGCACCGUGGACGGGGUGUUCCUGGUGCGGGAAAGCAGGAGCAACCCGGGAGCGUUUGUGCUGACGUUCAAGUGCGGAGGGAAAGUCCUGCACUCCCAGAUACAACCAGUGGUGGACCAGGUGCGCGACGCCGUGUGCUACUCGCUCGACAGCGGCGUCACCAAGUUCUACGACCUCCUGCAGCUGGUGGAGUUCUACCAGCUGAAUGCCGGCUGCCUGCCGACCAGACUGACCCACUACGUGGUGCAGAGCCCCACCGGGCCCCUCUUCAGCGAGAAGCCCAUGGGCGUGUUCGCGUCCGGCUUUUGACGCGCCUCCGCGAGCCUGGCGGCACUGCUCUCGCUCUGCUUCGACGCGGCCGCCUCGUGUUUCACACGGCAUGUAACAAACAUGCAUUUAAAGUAAAAAAAUUGUUUCCUGAAAGAUAAACUUAAAGUAAAAAGAAAUAAAAAGAUCACCAACGUGAAAUGGAAACAAGAACCAGUGCGAAAAUACAGUCGCGAGGAACAUAAAGAAGUGGACACAAGUUAGAUUGGUUGUGAUAUAUUUUUCUUGAAGAUGGAUGUAUAGAUAUGUGCUGUUGUAUAGAGAGUACACAAUUUUACUGCUAAGUAGUAACACAAGGUACAGCAAUAUAAUAUAUAUAUAUUUUUUUUCGUCGUGUGUCGUACUGUAAUGUUCCUGUGCCGUGCUUUAAACGAGUAGUCAUUUGGUGCCCGCCAGUUCGUGCUGGGAGUCGACAGACUGGCGAUCGUGUGGCUGGAAGUGUUGCGCUCACGUCUUAGCGCCGUUGAGUGUUGGGCUGGUUGCUCGUGAUCUCUCUCUCUCUCUUGCGUUGCGUACCGUCGUCCCGCCGCCUGCGGCUUCACCUCGUGAUGUUCUCUCUACAAGUGCUGUGCGAGUAAUGCCUUGGACGGUUGAGACUGGAGGCAUGUGUCGCGAGUCCCGGGCGUGGGAUUCUCGCCGCACGUCAGUGGAAGCAAAAAAAAAUAUUAUUAUAUUAUAUUUUAAGGAAAAUGAUGGUUGAACACCAGAACACAGUAUUUUAUUUAGUCAUAAAUUACACUUGCAGAUGAAUUUGAUUCCCUCUGUCCUCUCAUAACCAUCCGUUUAAAAAAAAAUAGUUAUAUCAUAUAGUUUUGAACAAAUUAAUUAAGACUUACCAAAAAUAUUCAUUUUUUACAUUAGUAUUCACUUUAUGCUACUCAUUCAAUGUCUGCUGUUAACUUACUGUGAAUGAUAGCUAAUUAUAUUUUUAUAAUGUAGUUUGGCCACAAAAAAGUUACUUUUUUCAUGUGUCACACUAAAAUUGAAAUUGUGUGUUUGACCUUGAUUAUUUAAAUAUUUUUAAGCAAUUCAGUAGUAUUUACAUGUUUGUCAUUAAAUAUAUGCAUUGAUGAUUUAUGCAUACGAAACAAUAAACAUCUUAGAGCUUACCAGGUAAUAAAUGCCUUAAUAAAUAAAAACUUAAUUUUUUGGCCAGUUUCAAGUUUUCAGAAGGUGUGUGUCCACAACACAUGCCGAUUUAUGCUAUAGCAAAAAAAAAAAAAUAUCAAAAGUGUAAUUAAUGUAUAUUUGUUAAAUUCGGAAAACUUGUAACCAAUUGUUGGCUGUACAAGACAAGUUUCACACAUAAAAUUCACUUAAUUCAUACAAAGUUUUUGACUUCAUACACAAAUUCUCCUGAUAGACGUACAUAUAAAAUUAUUUUAUUUUUGUCUUUAAAAACUAGUAUACAAAUAUUAAAGGGCAUGUUGUGGUAGAUGUUGGUUUACGAGAAAGAAAGGCUGAUGUUUACGUUUACAUUUUGGUUUAUGCUGCAACAUGAUUCAUGCUGCAGUUAUAUAAGAUAUAUUUUUACUCCUUUGUAACCAUGGUUCAUACCUACCUGUGUAUUUUUUUUUUACUUUUUAAUGAUUUAAACACAAUUUAAGAAACUAAAAAAACCUUUUAUUUUUUCUAUAUUUUCAUAUAAAAUUUUGAAUAUCCAGCAUAAACUUUGUGUAUGGCAUGCUGGAAUAUGUAAACAUAAAGUACUGAAAUUAGUAAAUGGUUCUUAAAACUAUGCAUUAUUUUAGCAUAGAUUUGAAUGCACUUAAAUGUUGGAAUGGGUGAGCCACUUAAUCAGUCAUACUUAGGAUCUGAUUUGAAUUUUUUUAAGUGUACAGAAGCUAUUAAAGGAUGUGUAAAUCUAAAAUUUAUGCCUUAAAAAGAUUUUUAAUACUCUUGGAAUGUGUUUCAGUAUGCCGUCACAACACGUUUGGCCGUAUUGGUAUUAUUUUCACAAGCAGUAUUAUUGUAGGAGGUAAACAGGGUCAUAAUAUUUAAUAAUAUAAUUCUAUAUGCAUAGAAUUUUUUUUAUAUAAUUCUAUAUUCCUUUAAAAAUUUUUGGUAAGGCUGUGAUCUAUUCACUUCCUUAUUCUGCACUUAUAUAAACACUCUUGUAGAUAGUUUGUUUUUACAAAGUAAGUAAUAAAAACUGACAUGUAAAAUGUCAUAUUAUUUUAAAAAAAAUUCCCACCUAUUACCUAUUAUUAUUGUUGCAUGCACAGUUAUAUUGUGUGAACUAUGCAGAGAGAGCACAGUUAUAAUUAUGUCUUUUCAGUUGUGUAAAAUGUUAUAUUUCUUCCCUGCUUUAAAGAUUGUAUGUUUUAUUUGUUACAGUACAUAGUUUAGUACAAUUAAUAAAGAUCUGUCAGUUAUGAAUUUUCACUUAAUAUAAAACAAGCAAGUCUGUUAUUCAUGUAAUCCUGCUUUACUUAAAUUAUCAUAAUAUUUGAAGUUAUGUUAAUUACGAGUUGUAUUAAGUUUUGUACCAAAUAAAAUAAUUUAAUUUUAAAUAUUGUGAUUAUGUUUACUUAGCCGCAAUACUUUACCUUGAAGUUAAAUCCGAGCAAUGUGCGCAUUAGCCAGAGCAACAGAAAUAUUUAGAUACUCAUCUGAAUACUGGGUUCAUUCACGCCAAAGGUGUGCUGAAAUAUUUGUAUUUCUAUUCAGUGAAAGGCGUGAUUGGGGUUAUAAUAUAAUUGUUGCCUUUUUGUGGUCAAAAUGUCAUACAUAUGUGAUGGUUGUUAUAUUUUACGGUAACAUGGAAACAGCAGAAACUUAUGACUAAUUAUGUCAUUCAGCCAAAUAAUCUUUGACAGUAGUCCACGUUGAUUCCUUCGUAAUUUUUUUCCAAGGAAAGUGUUAUGUGCAGAAAAGUAUUAAAAGCAGGAAUUAAAUUUUCUGGGCAAUUUCAUAAUUGUAAACAGUAUUAUGUAAGUUUUCUUAAGCCAUUUUUAAACCAUUAAGUGUCCUUUAUUCAAUUUCCGAUUGACAUUAUGUAAGAAAACGCAUCGUGAAGUAAGAGCUGCCCAAAGAAGUUUGCUUCUAUUGGAGUAUAAUAUCUCUAACUGGUCUCAUCCUUAGAUUGGCAGUUAAAUGGAAGUAUACUGUCUCUUUCCAAUGCACAGUUUCUGCCUUAGCACAGUUCUCGUUUGUGUGCGCCCUGUUGUCAGAUCCACACAAAUGAGCUAAAAUGUUUUAGAUACAACUUUGCAAUGUAAUGAACAUUCUUUGAAAUAUCUGAAAUAUCUGAAAUAUAUAUCACAAAUAUUUGAAAUAUCUGAAAAAUACUAUAUCUUGAAGAAAAUUUGGAAUGAGAAUUUUGUUAAUACAUUUGCCUGUUGUAUUUCAUCAAUCUGAUAAUAUUAAUUAUUUACUUCUAAGGAGUUGUUAUAGAAAUAUGCCAUCUUGUUUUCAACUGUUUUUGUAAGUUUUUUUAUAUAUAGGUAAUAUAAAAAAGUUUGACUGUUUGCAUACAACUCAUAAUUGUAUGAAAUGCCUUUUUGUUUGAGGUCUGGGCUAGAGGGCUUGAUUUACUUUGAUACGAGAACUACUGUAAGGGCGCCACCGUUUGGAAGGGUACAUGGUCCCGGGCGGAGACUCCUCUCGGGGCGUGACGUCGCACAUGUGGAAGCAAGAUUCGGACCCUCUAAAUUUUGCACACCAAUUGCCAAGACCUGGCCCGCUCUCAGCGUCGGACACGCUUUAAGGAUUAACGCAGUGGGCUCUCAGGGCGUCCCACACGUCGCCAUGCAGUAGAUGAUGUACACGUGGGCACAAGAUGAAAGGAACACCAUUUAAAUCACACAUUUAGAUUUAUUAAGAAGUUACACGCUCCCAUAUACAUUGUCCUUUAAACAAUUAAAAAGCUAGAGGCACGAAUCAGUUUAUGUUGCGGUGUGGUCCACACACGUGGCCACACAAGAAUUACGUAAGGGUGAUUAAAUACUCGCGGAGAGUAAUAAGAAUAAUUAUUUUAACAGCCCGCCGGCCGAGAGUAGUCCCGAGAAGAGAUGUAAACAGAUUUAAAGACUUAAGAACAUGAACGGAAAACUACUUAUCAGUGGAUACAAGUGGUGAGGUUCCCGGGGUGCUGGUGCUUCUGCACUUGGCUGGUGAUGAUGGACUGGGGUGAGCAAAUGCUCUGCACGGGCCACAUGGUGUCUCUCGCGCCGAACCAAACUAGUGUUACGUUUUUAUGAUUCCGUGCAAAGGGUUAUUAAAAACUAGACACACAAAACACUAAUACAAUUCUUAUGGCUAGAAUGAUUAAAACAUAUAAAUUUAAAAUAUUCAAACAAAGUCUAACUUCGGCCGGACUCUGAUCUGCCUCUGAAUUUCCGGUGCCGUCUUUUAUUUUAUGCAAAAUGGAAUAUAAGAUUUAUUAAACAAAAUUCUCCCAGCCGAUCUGCCAUGCCACAAAACGCUUAGGAUAAAAAUUAAUUUAAUUUAUAAUUAGGUGAGUGAACGGAGCACUGAAGCUACAGCACCCUCUCGUCGGCAGUGCAAAUGCCAGGAAGGAAUGGUUAGGGAUGCCAUGGGACCGCAAAGGAAGCGGAGUCUGACCAGUCAGGGGCAAAGCCCCGGUCGACAGCAUGUUAAUGGUGAAGGACUGCUAUUAAUAGUUUCUCCUGUGAAUAAUAAUUGGUGUUUACCAUUUAAUUAUAUUUGUUUGUCAGAAUGAUUACAAAUAUGAUAAUACUAUCAAUAGACAUUAAUUUAUAGCCUUAAAAAUACCAUAAACAAUAAAAUUUAAAAAAAUAUAUAUAUUAAAACAUAAUAUAAUUAAAGAUGGUAAACAAGAUAACAAUUUUAACUUUAAUAAGCUGCUUAGUAUCAACAACUGUGGUUGCCAAUUACUCGGUACUGUAAUCUAAGGGUGAGACAGACUGAAGGAUUUUCAAUUUAAAAUUAAAGUAUGUUCUUAAAAAUGCCUCCAAUUUAUUUGCCAUUUCAAUAGAAAUCAGUAAGGUGUCUACAUAGUUUCUACACAAUUAUUAUGCAAAAAAUGUGUAAUUUUACCAUUUAAAGACUAUUUCACAAUAUCAUAAAAAGGAAGAACUAAACAAUGAAUUGUCAUCCCAAAGAACUGUGACUGUAAUAUAAUUGUGUUAUAAGCAGGACAGUGUUAUUAACAGAAACAAUGUUCUACUGUACUCUGACAGGAUUCGUGCUCCUUAAUAUCCUUAAAAAGUUCUUAAUUUGUCUUUAAUUGAAUAAGAACCCUUAAAAGUCCUUAAAUUUCACUAAUAAUCCAUAAAAACUCAUAAAUAGGAUUGAUAGUGUGCAAGUAAUGGAUAAAUGUAGAUAUAUUUAAUAUUAUUUUGUUUUGGACAUGGCAACAAACAAUGCUUUGCGCAAAGCGCAGUACAAUUGGCAAAUUUCAGGCCAAAAAACUUUCAUAUUUUGUAUCUCAUUUUGUAACCAAAAAGGGGGUGAUUUACUGUCUUACUUUGAAGUUAUAAAGUACAUGUAAUUAGUGAUCAAAUUAAUUGGUUGGCUUCCAAACUCAAGAUGAACCAUAGGCGUUAGAUUAGAUUAUUAUGUUCCAGAGAUUAUUCUAGACAAUAAGGGCUUACAUGUAAGAAUUGAACAAACCAACAAAAUAAAUUAUUUUUUUGAUGGAUUUUGUGAUAUUACAAAUAGCUGAUGGUGAAGGCGAUGAUGUAAAGGAGUCCCUGAAAAUUCCUUAAUUUUUCACUGCACAUGUCUGAAACACAUUUCAUACUAAACUUUAUUCAUCACAAAAUUAAAUUUAUCCAAUAUUAUUUGAAUUCACACAGAGGAUGAGACUUUUUGAGUAUGGUAAAAUAAAUUUAAAAAAAGUAAAAGAUAAUAAUAGAAAAACUGAGCAGUGUGACUGCAGUGAAAGGUCAGUCAGACAUUCUAUAGUUCGGCACAUUCUGUGAUCCAGCACCACAGAGAUGAUCACGCUCUGAUUUUAUUUGAGUGAAUCACGACUGUUGUCCUGGUUGCCAGCUCGCACUAUUGCAUUGCCAGUGGUUUUAGUUCUCUCAGAAUUUAUAUUGUCAGUUUUCAUUUCAGUACUAUGUUUCUUGUUCUCCAGUGGGUUACAUUUCACAUUUGGUAUUUCCACACCAAAAUGGAUUCGUAAUUUUAAAAUACUAGUGUGUUACUUUAAUGUCUGAAACCAGUGUCUAUUUUAAUCACAUAUUAUCAUUAACUAAACAUAAGAAAAACAUAUCACUCUAUUGCGCAUUGAUAUCAUGAUUUGAAGCACUAUGUUGCAGUUCAAUAAUCAGGCAACAUAGCUAAUCCAGCAUGGUUGUAGACUAAUGGAUUAAAGCCCUAUCACUGUACUUAAUGGAAGAAUAAUUUCAUUGUUUAUUGCAUCAAAUAUAAAAGAGGUGCGCUGGUUGAGUGGUCAGAACACUCUCCUCCCACCAAGACAACCAGGGUUUGAUUCCCGGCUAGGUCAAACCUUUAUUUUCACAAUUGGGAAUCGUGGUGGACGUUGCAGUGACCUGUGGGUUUUCUCAGGGUACUCCUGUUUCUCCCACCAAUUCCUUCCGUUCCUGCUCCGUAUCUCAUCUCAUCUCACCUCUCGCACUCUCCAGGCUGGCCGGAACGACAGGUCUGUCUCCCGGGUGGGCAGCCAGCUCCUAGGAGUAUCAGCCCCAUCCCAUCCAUGUAGGCCUUGCCUCAGGCUGAAAACUAAAGGUCGAUUUUCAUUAUUUAUUGCAUUAUAUAACCUUCUUUAUAUGAAAACGCGAAUACCAAAUGAAUUCAUACUUUUUUUUUUUGCACAAAAACAAAAUAAGUAUGCAAAUAUUGCAGAUAUGUUACUUUUAAUCUGUGACAGAUAUGCUUUAUAAUCAAGGAAUUUAAUAAAGAAAACUUAUCGGGGUAGCAGUUUCCGACACAGCAACACACAAGAUAAAGUUCUUGCAGUACGAACCUGAUAAUGAAUUAUGUAUACAGAAAUAGGUAUAGUUAAACUUGUUAAGAACAAAA